UGUAUUUAUCAUCUACAACGUUAAUUAUGAACAUAUGUAUAUAUAAACUCAACAAAUUUAAUAUCACUAUACAUCAAUGAUAUCAUACAGCGGUUUGCAAAACUAGUUGGGUGAGUUUAUCAUAAGUCCUUGAACUUAUGAAUUAUUCAUUGAAUGAAUAUUUUCUUUUUACCACAAACCACAAUCAUUUAAAAUUUGUUUUGCAAAAUUGAAGAUGAAUCUGAAAGUACGGUGUGUAAUAUUUAGUAUUCAAAUAUUAGGAUUAUUACAGCUUUCUCAUAGUCAAGAUACAUGUGAACUUAAUCAAUUCCGUUGUGCAAAUGAACAAUGUAUCACCGGGGAAUUUUUAUGUGAUGGAAAACAAGAUUGUAUGGAUGGAAGUGAUGAAACUCGACAUGAAUGUUUAAAAACAGAAAUUAUUUGUCCACAAUACGCAUUCCGUUGUGAUUAUGGUGCUUGUAUUGAUGGAGAUGCACUAUGCAAUGGAGUCGAUGACUGUGUAGAUAAGUCUGAUGAAAAAUCAUCAAGAUGUCGUGGUUCUAUCACGAAUACAUCAGUUGUGAACUCUGGAAAUUGUGGAAUCAAUCAAUUUAAAUGCAAUAGUGGGCAAUGUAUUGAUGACAUUGUGGUCUGUGAUGGCUCGCCUGAUUGUAGUGAUCAAUCUGAUGAAACUUCAACGACUUGUAGUUCUCACCAGUGUCCAAAAUUUACAUUUCAAUGUGCUUACGGUGCAUGUAUAGAUGGAGAUAAGAAGUGCGAUGGGAUUCGGAAUUGUGUGGAUGGUUCUGAUGAAGAAUUCAUUUUAUGCAGUGAAAAUAAAAUUGCUAUUUCUUCAACAACACAAAAAAUAAAAAACCAAGUAACUUCGACGACUUCUUCACCUUGGAUUCAACCACAAUCAACUUGUUUUCCUCCGAAACAGCCGCAAAACGGAAGAUGGAAAUUACAUAAAUCACAGUGUCAAAGUAACGAACAUUGCGAUGCUAACCAAAACACUGUUAUGAUUCCUGGAACAUAUUUAGUUUAUAACUGUAAUCCUGGAUAUGAAUUAAAGGGUUCUAGUGAUAUUUUUUGUGGUCCAAAAAGUAAAUGGUCAAGUGAACCAGAGUGUGUUGAAAUUCGCUGCAAGCCUUUGAGCUCAGUAUCAACAGUAGCAGAAUGUGACUAUAACAAUGAAUGGAUUUCCUGUGAGGUGCUAGUUCCUCCAGGAACUAGUGCCAAAAUUUCAUGCCGUGAUAGUUACCGUCAAGAUACAACGGUACUCGGUCUUCAAAGAGACAUUGUUCGAUGCAAUGCUAAAGGCCAGUGGGAGCCUAAACCAAUUCAUUGUAUUCCAGUGUGCGGCAUUCGAUCUACAAGCCUCAACCCUUUGAUUGUAAAGGGAGGCACUCCUAAUAUCAGCGAUUUUCCUUGGCAUGCAACUUUGUACAAAUCUGAAUCCCGUUACGACGAAAAAAUGUUUAUUUGUGGAGCAACUAUAAUACAAAAUGAUUUGUUAAUAACAGCUGCACAUUGUGUUUAUAAUGAAGAAAUUCAAAGAGUUGAAAGUCCAGAAAAAUUUUCUAUCGCUACAGGGAAUAUUUUUCGAGAUUUUAACAGUUUACUUCAUGAUUCAAGACUCGUUCACAAAAGAAAUAUAAAAAAUAUUUUUAUUGAUUGUAAUUACUCGGGCAACAAAGGACGUUAUUCACGAGACAUUGCUAUUUUACAAAUUGAUAAAGUAUUUACGUUUACACAAUUUCUUGUGCCGGCUUGUCUUGAUAUUACAAACAAUGAUCAUAUAGCAAUUGACGUUGGGCAAAAGGGAUCCGUUGCAGGGUUCGGAAGAACUGAACUGGGUCCAUCAAGUGGUAUGUUACAAUCUCUGACUGUACCAGUUGUGCCUCUAAGUCAUUGUAAAUCAGCCAGUGCUUCAAAUGAAUCUGAUGUCUACACUACACUUGAUAAAUUUUGUGCUGGAUAUACAAACGGGUCAUCGGUUUGUAAUGGAGACAGUGGAGGCGGUUUGGUUUUCAAUAAUCAAGGAUUGUGGUAUCUCCGUGGGAUUGUCAGUGUGAGCAUUGGUUCAAAAAUAUCCGAUGGCAUUCCAGUUUGUAACAAUAAUCUUUAUUCGCUGUAUACCAAAAUUUCUAGCCAUAUGUCGUGGAUACAAGACAUUAUUUUCAAGCUCGAAACUCAUAAAAAUAUUCCACCAUGUGACACAGCGUCUGAUUUUUCACGGAGGCUUUUUUAAAAUACUAUUUUUUUUUUUUUUUUUUUUUUUUUUAACAGUAAGGAGGUAUUAAAAGUACAUUGUUUGAAUUUGAAAUUUUAUUUUUUGACUCAAUAAAUAAAUUAUAAAUCUUCAA